AUGUCGCUCCCUAUGCACCUGCGCGCAUACACGGAGAAGACCAAGGACGAGCUUACGCGCGACCUGUUCAACGCCCCGUUCCCCGACCAACUGCCCGCCCCCUCUGAGCCGCCCGUCGUCACCAAGCCUGCUCGCGGUGCCAAAGGUGCUAUCGGGUCGGCCGCUGGUCUGUCGAGCAUGGACAUCAUCGCCGUCCUCUCCGUCGAGGGCAAGGAGGACGUCUACGCCGGCAAGCUCUCUCUCCUCCCCCCUUUCCUGUGUUUUGUCUCCAAUGAUCGCCGCUCGUGCCGCUGCACGCUCCCGCUUUACACCAUUCGACGGGUUGAGAGGUUGAACUCGCGUGCCGGUGUGUUUGCCCUCUCGCUGGCGACGUGGCAUGGAAUGCGUAUCAUUCUGCAGCUCACGUCGCUUCUCCCCACUGCCGAGCACUUUGCCAUCCUCCUCCGCGAUGCGCUCAAGUCGCAGCUGGCCGAGAUGAAGGUCCUGAAGACCUUUUUGCCCUCCCUGUACUCUGAGUAUCUCUUGAACUCUGGCUCAUCGACGCCCAACGCCGAGGCAUCGCUGGUCGAUAUGCCGCUCGAGGGCGAGGGCGACCUUCGCGGACCUGGCGGCGAGGGACGCGGCACCUAUGAGCGUGGCCUUGGCGAGACGUUUGGCUUCCCCGGUGACGCACGCAAGAUGCGCGAGCGCAGCAAGAUGAAGCUCUGGAAGGAGUACUUUGUGAUCCACGGACGCAAUAUGACUCUACUCCGUUAUCCGCCAUUCCAGCGUCUCCUUCAGGUUGGUCUGCCUUCAAGGUUACGCGGAGAGCUGUGGGAGGUCAUGUCGGGCUCUGUCUACCUCCGCUUCGCCAACCCGCAAACCUACUCGCUCCUCCUGUCGGAGAAUGCAGGCAAGAGCUCGCAGUCGACGGACGAGAUUGAAAAGGAUCUCAACCGCUCCUUGCCGGAGUACAAGGCGUACCAGACCGACGAGGGUCUCGCGCGUCUCCGUCGUGUCCUGGUGGCCUACUCGUUCCGCAACCCCGAACUUGGCUACUGCCAAGCUCUCAACAUUGUUGUCGCCGGUCUGCUCAUCUACAUGUCUGAGGAGCAGGCAUUCUGGCUCCUCGAGGUUCUGUGCGACAGGAUCUUGCCAGGCUACUACUCGCCGUCGAUGGAGGGCACCCUCUUGGACCAGCGUGUGUUCGAGUCGCUCGUGAAGCGCUGCCUGCCCAUGAUCCACGACCACUUCCGCUCGGUCGACGUCCAGAUCUCGGUCGCGUCCCUGCCCUGGUUCUUGUCGCUCUACAUCAACUCUCUCCCUUUGAUCUUUGCGUUCCGCAUUGUCGACUGUGUGCUGGCCAUGGGCGCCAAGGUUCUCUUCCAGAUCGGUCUUGCCAUUCUCAAGAUCAACGGCGAGGCUCUUCUCGAAGUCACCGAUGACGGCAUGUUCAUCAGCCUCAUGCGCAGCUACUUUUCGACUAUCGGCGACUCGGCUCACCCCACCCACCCCGAUCCUCGUGUGCGCAACAUUACCAACUUCCAGGAACUCUUGGUCGUUGCGUUCCGCGAAUUCAACGUCAUCACCGACGAGACUAUUACCAGCGAGCGCCGUCGCCUCCGUGCCAUCAUUGCCGACGAGAUUGAAAAGUUCUCCAAGCGUGCUGCCGUCCGCAACCUCCGCAACGUGGGCAGGUUUAACAAGGAGCAGGUCGGCAUUAUUUACGACCACUACUUUGCGGCCGUGUGCUCACCCGAGGCUGGCAGCGGUGCUGUGACGCCAGCAGGCCCUGGUGAGCUUGAACAACCCCGCAUCGCCGUCGAUGCCCAGGGCCGCGUCGAGACCCGUAUCGACCUGCGUACUUUCAAGGUGCUCCUGUCCGGCAUUGCCACGUGGGCGCGUGAGGAGACGAUUACUACCAACGCGUUCAUGCAGCGCACCGAGCGCCGAAUUGCCGAUCAUGAGAUGAUUGACAGGCUAUUCUUCAUGUGGGACUCGCAAAAGCUUGGCACGCUCUCGCUCCAAGACGUAGUCAUGGGUCUUGACCGCGUCAUGUCUGCCGACCUGCUCGAGUCGAUCGAGUGGUUCUUUGAGCUGCACGACAAGGACGCGGACGGCUACCUGACCAAGGACGAGGUUAUCCGCCUGUCCGAGUCGCUCCUCUUCAUCUUCCGCAACGAGCCAGGAGACAUUUACCUCGCCGCCGUGUCGCGCUUCAUCUUGAACGCAUACGAGUUUGGCGACGCUACCGCGCCCGAGUCCAGUCUGCCCGACCCACAGGACUCUGUGCCCAUGGACGGUGACGAGCAGACCGCGUCGCAGUCGCGCGAGAGGUCCAACUCGCAAGCUGGGCCCCACAACCUGCCCUACCUGUCGCUGGCUACGUUCCGUAUGGUCGUUCUUGCGGACGAGCUCCUGGAGAGCUUUUUCGGCCACGACCUGCCAGCCUCCUUCCAGCUUGAGGACACUCAAGAAGAGGACUACCACAAGACUCACGCCAAGCCCGAUGGCCUGCUGGGUGGCCUUGUCAACCUGGUCGUCAACGACGAGAACAAGUCGCGUUUCAACCGUUUCGCCGACGGCAUUGGAUCAGCCCUCGGCAAGCACGCGGAGUGGCGCAAGCCGGCCAUCUCCAAGGCCGACCAGAACGCGCCUGUCCCCAUCGACACGCGUGCCCGCGAGUCGCUGCUCACGCCGUCACAACGGCAGCGUGUGCGCAGCGCCUCGUCUGCGUCGCAGCUGUCUGUGCAGAGCAACAAGACGUCGGCCAGCGCCAGCACGACCAACACUGCCAACGACUCGCGUACCCUUGCCGACGUCGAGAUGCGCUACCGCGAAGAGAGCGAGAUGGUGCGCGCGGCCCAGGAGGCUGUCAUGCACCGUCCCAACUUUGCCAUCGACGCCAUUGGCGACAGCGACGGCGAAGACGAGGGAGGCGAGGACGACGUCAUGGACGAGGUCGAGGCCUUCCUCAAGGCCCACGGCGGUGACGAGGAUAACGCGCUCAAGGGUGCAGAGAAGAAGGCUGCUGAGGACCUCCUCACGGCCGAACCGAUGGGUGCACCUCCCAGCAGCUCCAGGCGGUCCACGGGCGACCUGGUCGACUUGUAG